AUGAGAAACCUGUCCAAUACCACAAGGCCGUCGUCUCGCGAAGUUCCUGACCGCUUAACCCCGACCGCGGAAGAGGGGUCCGAGAGUGACACCGCGACUGAAAAUGAAGAAGACGCGCCUCCCGCGGCUACCCGAGCCGUCGCGCUCCCGAGAGCCAAUGCGCGCUUCGAGCCAUACCCUCGCUCAGAGCUCCCGCAUAGGGACAACCAGAGCGGGCCUUCCUCAUCCUCGACUGACCGACAGUUGCAACGGCGUCAUCGCCGAAUCAAGCUCCGCCCUGAGGAGUUCGAGCGCAUACGUGAGAUCGCACUGUCGAGUGCGAACCUCGCGUGCCCAGUAUCAGGGUGCGUGUACGUGCAGAGCGUGCGGUGCCUGUCGGGCAUGAAGCGCCACAUGGAGUCGCACCGUUCGCAAAGAGCGCUCGUGCGGCACGCAAGGAACGAGAAAUCCCCGUGUGUGGCGGAAGACGGGCCCCAGCAGCUUUUGAGCACAUCACCAGAAGAAGGUGACUGGGAGGACGACGAUCGGGACGGCUCGCACACGAGCUGCGAGGACACUGAUGAGGAUGACUGCUGUGGCGACAGCAAUCGGUCCCCGAGCUUCAAACGCGAGGAUACGGAACCAGUCUUGAGUCCCAGGCAUGAGGACACAGUGCCACCGUUGACCUCCGAGGAUAGCGCAACGCUUGAAGUUGCGCAGUAG